UCAGGAAAGAAGCGAAUCGAAGCCGCCGCCUCCUCGCCUCUCGUCUCCCCCAAUACCCCUUUCUUUCUCUCCAUAUCUCUCCCCCUCUCGCCUCAAGAAUUGUGGACGAGCGUCGACGGAGAACACUUCUGUCACCAGUUCCGUCGGCGGCGGCGGUGGCGGUGGCUGUUUUAUUCCGUCGAACGGCCGAGCUGAUUCGAUUUCUUCUCGAAUAGGUACCGCGUUGAGCUCUGUGUCGAAUAGGUUUCCUCCUUUCUUUCGGGUCUUUGUUGGGAAUAUACGUCGUCUUGGAGGCAACCGUGCGUAAGGAAAGAGAGUAAGUAAUUUGAUGAACUUUGCUUCAAAAUCGAAUAUUGCGGUCUGGUAAUCUAAUCUUGGAUUCUGUGGAUUUAAUUGAAUAAGAGUGUUUCACGGACGAUUGGAAACAACGAAGGAUGGCGAUGAAAAGCAAGUGUCGUGGGACAAGCGACGUCGGAUUUGGGAGCUUGCGAUCUAUACUUUUUAGUGUUUACAUUUAUCUGGGAAAAACCUUUUUUCUUUUCCUAUGGUGACUUACUCUUGUUUAUGUCAAAUCAUGUAGAAGAUGGUAGUGUGAGGGUUUAAUUGUUGGUGUUGCCUUUGAGAUGAAGAAUUGGAGUGUGAUAAUGAACCAUUCAUUUUUGUGGUGAAUCAAGAACCGGAAGUGGAUUCUUCUGAUGCUAGAUGGUACAUUUGGCUUUUUCCCUUUUCCUUUUGUGGAAAGGUUUUAUGGACCUCUCGUGCAUGCAAACAAGUUGUUCCAUCGUAUAUUGGUCCUUAAUGAGAGUAAUUCACACAAUUUUCACUAGGUUAAACACCUUACUUGUUGCACUUGCAUUUUGCCUCCUAAACCAACCGGGAAGGAGUUGCACUUAAGACACUACUGUCUUCUGUAAUAGUUGGAUAGUUAAAUAAUUUAUCUUAAAUUAACACAGGAGAAAUGGUGUUUUUUUUUAGGUCUUGGUGAUAGAAUCUUAGUUUGAUUUAGCACAGUAGAAUAGAUAAUUGUUCUUGUGGUAUUAGUGAGACAGGCUUAGUUUCCCAUGUAAGAUUAGUUUUACUUGAAUACUUUCCCAACUAACAUGGGUUUGGUGAUGGACUGCACUAUAAGUUUCAGAGGCUUUAUAAAAUGUUUGAUAAAUUUCAGUCCUCCGUCAAUUAACAACAAUGAGUCUGGUUCUGCUCAGCUUGAGGUAAAAGAAGAUUGCCAUAAGUCUUGAAACCUAAAUGACUAUUCUGUGGUUAAGAUUAUCUUAUGCUUAGUACAACUGCACAAGGAGAAAUGACCGGCUUUGACUUAAGGAGUAAAAUCCUUACAGUUUGUAGAAGAGUAUUUAUGGUUGCUGGUGUUGCAUUUGUAUGUUUGUGGACUUAACUACACAGCUACUAGGUAAUGUUUUAAGUGAUAAGAAGUCAACAGCGUGUUCCUGUAUAUUCUGGUACCUUCUUUUUGUUUCAUAUCGAAUGGUCUUCAUAAGUUAGUAAUACUUAUUUAAGUAGAGAAAAAAGAGGAAAAUCAGUCACACCCUGAGGCUAAACAAUGAACUAUAAUAAAUGUGUUAAUAUUUCGAGUUAAAAGUCUCCCCUCUUUAGAUGCAAUGUUGUUACCCUUCUGUCGGUAUGGUAUAACAGUAAUUUAAUUGCUAUAUGUCAUAUUCACUGGUUUAACUAAUGUCUAUUUUGCAUAAAGGAUGAUGAAUUUUAGGAAAUGGGUUUCAUGCCAACUCAUUUCCAACAAAUUGCUUUCCGCAAGACCUUUCCAAUUCUCCGACGAGGACUCGACAAGUGAAGAACAUGUUCAUCCAGACACAGCAAGCAUUGGGACCGUAUCAGUUAGUGAUUCUCAAUCCAAUGAUACUCAAAUAACUGAAGUUCCAACUAGCCCACAUCUUAUUACUGCUAUGUCUUCACAUCUUGGUCACAGGAAGGCAGAUCCAUUGACCAAAGUUGAGGAACUUCAGAUCAAAUUCUUGCGUCUCAUUCAUCGGAUAGGACUGACACCAGAAAACCUUGUAGUGUCACAAGUUUUAUAUAGAUUGCAACUUGCUAGCUUGAUUAGAGCUGGUGAAUCAGAUGUAAAGAGACCUGUUCUCAAGGUCAACACAGCUAGAGGAAUAGCAACAGAGCUAGAGUCAACUGGUAGUCCCAAUCUGGAUUUGUCUCUCAGGAUUCUCGUUUUGGGGAAAACAGGUGUAGGUAAAAGUUCAACCAUAAACUCAAUUUUUGAGCAGCCGAUGGUGGCAACCAAUGCAUUUGAUCCAAGCACUGAUCGUAUCCAUGAAGUUGUUGGGACUAUCAAGGGCAUUCAAGUUACGGUAAUUGAUACACCUGGUCUUUCUGCCUCUUAUGGUAACGCAAGUCACAACAGGAGAUUGAUGCUUUCCAUCAAAAGGUUCAUUAGAAAAUCUCCACCAGAUGUGGUUUUGUACUUUGAGCGGCUUGAUGCCAUCAACAGGGGUUAUAGUGAUCAGCCACUGCUGAAACUCAUAAAUGAUGUUUUUGGUUCUUCGAUCUGGUUUAACACUAUUCUUGUCAUGACCCACGCCUCAUCACAUCCUCCUGAAGGAUCUGAUGGGUAUUCUGUGGCUUAUGAUGCCUUUGUGCAUCAGUGCACAACAACCGUGCGCAAUUAUAUACGCCAGACAGUCUCAAAUGCACAGUUUGAAACUCCUGUCAUUCUCGUAGAGAAUCAUCCAAUGUGCAGAACUAAUAAUAAAGGUGAAAAGGUGCUACCAAAUGGCCAGGUGUGGUUGUCUCAGUUCUUGCUGUUAUGUGCAGCGACCAAGGUGUUGGCAGAUGCAAAUGUACUUCUGAAGUUUCAGGAGAGCUUUCAACUAAUACCAAAGAACAGCCGACUACCCUCACUGCCGCAUCUCCUUUCAUCUAUUCUUCGGCCUCGUUCUUUACCUAAUGGUAAGAGCUUUGGUGAUCAAGAUGAUGUGUAUGAGCUUCUAGACAAUGACAAUGAUGAGGAUGAUUAUGACCAGUUACCUCCUAUUCGUAUAUUAACAAGAACCCAGUUCAAAACAUUGUCCAAAGCUCAGAGAAAUGCUUACCUUGAUGAGUUGGAUUAUCGUGAGACCUUGUAUUUGAAGAAGCAGUGGAAGGAAGAGCUAAGGAGGCAAAGAGAAAGGAUGCUUCAUCAGGAUGAUACAUAUGUAAGGAAUGAUAACUAUGAAAAUAGUGAUUCCCAAGAGGUUUCUGAAGUGUCAGAUAUGGCUAUCCCACUAAGUUUUGAGUCUGAUAAUCCUGCGUAUAGGUACCGCAGCCUGCUAGGUAAUGAUCAGUGGCUUGUGAGACCAGUUUUAGAUCCCCAAGGCUGGGAUCAUGAUGUUGCGUUUGAUGGCAUCAAUCUGGAGAGUUCUCUAGAUAUAAGAAAAAACUUCCAAGCCUCUGUUGUUGGGCAAAUGAGGAAGGAUAAAGAAGAUUUCAAUAUCCAAUCCGAAUGCACCGCGAGGUACUCCGAUCCAAGACACCACUCUUUGCUUGCAGAGGUGGACAUCCAAACUGCUGCUAAGGAUUUGGUCUGUACUGUUCAUGGGGAUGCCAAGUUUUGUAACUUCAAGUGUAACACGACUGGAGGUGGUAUUUCGGUGACUAAAUACGGGAAUAUGUAUUUUGUUGGAGCCAAGCUAGAGGAUUCUAUUAACAUCGGGAGGAGAGCUAAGUUGACAUUGAACGCAGGACAGAUCAGGGGCUGUGGCCAAGUAGCAUCUGGUGGUAGUAUUGAAGCUACCUUGAGGGGGAAAGACUACCCCAUCAGAGAUGAUAAGUUGACCCUUGCGACCACCAUCCUUUCCUAUGACAAAGAGAUGGUUCUGGGUGGGAGUAUUCAGACUGAUUUCAGGGCUGGUCGUACAGUAAAGAUGUCAGUAAAUGCCAAUCUGAAUAGCCGAAGAUUAGGUCAAAUUAGCAUAAAGACUAGCACCUCAGAACAUGUUGAGAUAGCACUAAUUGCAAUCUUUUCAUUGGUCAAUGCCCUGAUACAGAGAAAGGGAACCGAAGCUUCGAUCGAUGAAAAAAAGGAGUCUACAUCUAUCGACUUGUAAAACAAGAGGGACCGUAAUGGCCAAGCUUUAGAGGUGAUGCCGGUAGAAUCGUUUUGAUCCCUUUCCUAUUUGUAUGGUAUAAUUGUACAUAUAUUUUCUUUAACCCCCUCAAAUCGUUAUGCUAAUGAAUUUUGAGGCAAGAGAGAAGCAUUUUCCAAAAUAAUACAGUGUUGUCUUGUAGAUCAAACAUCAUCGAUUACUUAUUCAUUGGUUUUAUGAGAAGACUUGGUGCAUAGGUAGUUGGAUAUUGGGCAAAA